UCCCCGCACAACAACAGACGCGCCUUCAGAGGCAGGAAGAGACGCGAGAGCGAGAAAAAAAGACAUUUAACAUAUUGUUUAGUUAACAGAAACCUUUGUAAAGUGACAAGUGUGUGUAAUACGAUAUAUAAAAAGGAAGAAGAACACGUCGCUUCAAGAUUUUCUUAGCAGUCUUGGUAGAGCGGCUGCCCCGGACUGUCCACCGCAACAUACACGUUUUGGAGAACAAAGCGACAAAGACGGAAUGAGGAUCUGCUCACUGUUGUGAGUUCUUGGGAUGCUCGACCGACCUGUCCGCCAUGCUUUUCUAAGGCCUCCAGAAUCUAAAGACAGGGUGUCAUUGUGAGAGCGAGUGACCCCACUGAGCUGCCACCAUGGCCCUGGUUCAGGCUCUGCCCUUAUCUGCUGAGUCCCACAACCCAGGCCUCGGUGGAGGACAUCACAGGAGACACGCCUCCGGCUCCUCACCCCCCAUCAACGCUCCCCCCUCCGCUCUGGAUUCUAUGGGUUCUGUCAGCAGCCUCAUCGCCUCGCGCCCCGGACACUACCAGGACCACCGAUCUGUGGGAGAGCUGGGAGCCAGGGUCCGGAGGGCCACGCCUGGUGCUGCCUGCCUGGGCUCUGAGUCGCCCCCAGACUCUUUAUUACAGCACUGCAUCGAGAAGGAAAGCUCCAUGAUGUCCAUCAGGGGGCUGGAGAAGGAGAGUGGGAAUGGGAACUUCACAUAUCUGAAUGAGGACUUUAUAGGCGACUGGAAUGACAACCGUGUGACAUGUGGGAGUCCAGGAAGUGACGCAUAUGAGACUAAAGGAUCAGGGUUCAAUGGGAACAUGGGGGGGCCUCCUCCUAAACUGAUUCCUGUGUCAGGGAAACUUGAGAAGAACAUGGAGAAAGCAGUGCUGCGGCCCACUGCCUUCAAACCUGUCAUUCCCAAGAGCCGUACCUCCAUGCAGUACCUCUCCCCUCGCCACUCUGCCAACACAUCGGAGAGCCAGAACAACCUGAACCUGCUGAGCCCCUCACACACAGAGCUGUCUCCCUCCAGCUCGGAGAAAAGCAGCUCGCACAGCAGGACCCGUAACAGCGGCAGCAGCAGCCACUCCUGCCAGCUGACCGACUCUGGACGCAACUCCCUCUCCAGUCUCCCCCCUUACAGCGGGGGCUACAGCCAGGCGUCAGGAGAGGCCUCUGCAGGCCACCUGGAGCCCAUGAAGAGCGCCCCGCCUGUCGGUGCACACGGACACUCCAACUCCGACAGCGGCCGCUCGUCCUCCAGUAAGAGCACGGGCUCCGGCUCCAUAAGCUGCCGGGGCCAGCCUCUGUCUGACAGCGGGUCCAGCGGGCGCUCCCCCGGCCCGGUGGAGGGGUACGAGGGGGUGGUGAGGGACCUGGAGGACAAGCUGAGGGAGAGGGAGCUGGAGCUGCAUCAACUCAGAGACAACCUGGAUGAGAAUGAAGCUGCAAUCUGCCAGGUUUAUGAGGAGAAGCAGAGGCGCUUUGAGCUGGAGCUGGAGGAGCUGAGGCAGGGCUGUGCCACCAGGAUGCAGGUCGCCUCGCAGAAGGCCCAUCGUGCACAGCAGGUUCUGCAGCUGCAGGUUUAUCAGCUGCAGCAGGAGAAGAAGAAGCUGCAGGAGGACUUUUCUCAGCUUCUGAAGGAGCGGGAGCAGCUGGAGGAGCGCUGCACCUCCUAUGAGCACGAUAAGAUCCAGCUGGGGCCGCGACUGGAGGAGAGCAAGUGGGAGGUGUGUCAGAAGUCGGGGGAAAUCUCGCUGCUGAAGCAGCAGCUGAAGGAGGUGCAGGUGGAGUUGGCCCAGCGUGUGGGGGAGAUCGUCUCCCUGCGGGGUCAGCUCAGAGAGGCUUGUGGAGAACUGACCAACACCCAGGUCCUGCUCCAGGAGGCCCACGGCACCACCCGCACACGAACCCUGGAGCUGGAGGUGUGCGAGAACGAACUUCAGCGGCGCAAGAGCGAAGCAGAGCUGCUCCGAGAGAAGGUGGGACGCCUUGAGGGAGAGAUGGCUCACCUCAGAGAUGCUCUGGCCAAUCAGGGGCCAGGAAACAGACAGUGUCAGGUGUUCCACGAAGCAGAGGAACACAUGCUCGCAUACGAGAGUGAUGAGGCGAAGGCCCAGCGGAAGAGCAGCAGCGAGGCCCUGCAGAGCAUGAAGGUGCAGAUGGACAGGAUGAGGGCGGAGCUGGCCUACGAGCGGCAGCGGGCCGAGCAGCAGGCAGGGGGGUUUGAGGAGGAGCGCAGGGUAUGGCAGGAGGAGAAGGACAAAGUUAUCCGCUACCAGAAGCAGCUGCAGCAGAACUAUGUGCAGAUGUAUCGCAGGAACAGAGAGCUGGAGCAGCACCUGCAGGAGCUCAGCCACGAACUGGAGAGCAGAGAGGAGGACGAGGGCAGCGGCAACGAGAUCAACUUUGAUGAGAUCGCCGCCACGGAAAUUUAACCUGUGUCUCUCCAUCUUUGAUUUGCACUACUGUCAGUUAACUAUUUACCCCUACAUGUCACAGAUCUGGUUUCUAUUGUGCCGUUUGUUGACAUGACAAAUAAGCAAGAUAUCGCAUAACUCAUUACCAUCAAUUCUGCCAUAUUCAAAUUCUGCCUCAUUGGUCUAUUCUCCAAGGAGUCCCACUUAAAAGCCAAUGACCUCUAUUAGUCAUUUGUAGGACACCUCAGUCCUCUGGCCCUUAAAUAAAGCUAUAGUCCAUAUCUUUAAGUAUGAGGUACUAAUAAAAAAUCUAAAUCAGGAAAUCAAAUGUUGGAAAAGGGAUGGUAAGGUAAAGCAGCUAAGAUAUUCAAAGUGUACACUUAAAAUGAUAUUGAUUUACUUUUGGUGUCUUAAAUUCAUUUAGCUGCCGGCCCCUUCCCACAGCAGGACCAGGAUUAGCCUCUGUGCUGGUUCUCCUGUCCGUUCCUCCAAACUGGGGACGUGUUUCUCCUCAUCUAUUGUAGGUGUACACUGACUGUGCAAGUACCUCAUACAAACCUGCUUGAAACUAUCCCAAUGAUAAGUACCAGGCAUUUGUCAGAGAGGUUGUUGCGUGUGAAUAACUUCACCAGACCUCCUCCUGAGUUGGUUAUGACUCCACCUUCCAGGCUGGCUCUAACACCACCCUCCCACUCUGUGUCAGCUCUGAUCAGUGUAUUUAGCCCACGCUUGUUGUCGAUGGACAGUUGAAGUGAGACGCCACACAUUCAGAGUGAGAGCAUCAGAGCGAGGUGCUGAUGAUGGUGAAUCCACUCAUCAUGACCAACAAGUACCAGUAGAUGUAGCAAGAUGAAAUUGUAGGGACCAAAAGCUUUAACUUUUCAGUCAUAUGGCACACAUUUUGUUU